AUCAAGCACCUAGGCAUGCAGACUGCUUCUACAAACAUUUGUGAAAGAGUGGGUCGCUCUCAGGAUCUCAGUGAAUUCAAGUGAGGUACAGUGAUAGGUUGCCACCUGUGCAAUAAGUCCAUCCGUGAAAUUUCCUUGCUACUGAAUAUUCCACGGUCAACUGUUAGUGGUAUUAUAACAAAGUGGAAGCAACUGGGAAACAACAGCAACAGGCCACGUAAAAUGACAGAGUGUAUAAAAUCAAGCACCUUGGUAUGCAGACUGCUUCUACAAACAUUUGUGAAAGAAUGGGUUGUUCUCAGGAGCUCAGUGACUUCAAGCGUGAUGUGUGAUAGGUUGCCUCCUGUGCAUAGAGAGCAUCAUGGAAUGGGUUUUUCAUGGCCG